AUGCGUCGUUUCGCAGAGAGCACGCCGUGCCCUGCGCCGCAUCUCUCCUUCGCAAGCCAUCGCUACAACGACCAUGCUAGCCGUCGCACGUCCAUGUACGCGCCCGUCUACUCGACUGACGGCGAUACCACCGCCAAUAUCGAAUAUACCACAGAAGUACAGGCAGAUUUGCGCUAUGCGAAGCCCAGGCGACCCGCGCGCAGCAUGCGCAAGUCAUCAUUCAACACCGGCUUAGAUAUCUUCGAAGAUGUUGCGCAAGAGGAUGAGCAGGUCGCUUUCGAGACAAAACGGCGCAGUCGAGCGUCCGUCAUGCCUGCAGGAGUUGAAAGGAGAAGCAAUCUCCUAGCGCACAAGCCACAGAAGAUGCAUAUAGCAGCGCCCCACGUGAAGGAGCCCCUACCACAAAAGCCACAGAGGAGACGAGUCUCACAGCUUCUGACGGAUAGACGUGCUGUUGACGAGAACCCUACGGUGCAGCUGCAAGAGGUAGCUUUGGAUAAGAGGGAGUUGCGGAAGCAAGGACCCAAGAAGGACCCCAGGCGAAGGACCAUAUACGUCCCAUCUGAUGAUACGUCCGUAUUUACCAUCCACCCGGGGCAGCCCACGCACAAGCCACGAAAUCCGCGAGAGUAUUCACCCGAUACUGGACUGGAACUGGUCACCCUGUCAGAAGAGGAGGCCGAAAAUCUGGUACCUGCGCUGAAGCAGGAGAAGAAGGCCUUGCGCAAGUCUCUUGCUGCACCUCCGAAGCGUGCACCACUGCUGCAGACGGCGCGUCAAAGCCAGUCCUUCUCCCAGGACAUACACGGCCAAGGCGGCGGAAAGGAGAAUGUUCCGCCUGGAAUGCAAGUGUUUGAGGGCAAGGCUGGCACGCAUAUCGAGUUAAACUUUGGCAAAGAAGAGCAGAAGCAGCCCGCACCGAAACCGUCCAGGGUGCAUUUCAGCAGCAAGAUAUCGGAGACAAGCUCACAGGCGAGGACCAAGACCGAAGGCACGCAGAAGCGGUUGCGACCCCAAUUCAGCCAUGAUGGAUCGCCCGCGAAAUCGAUCAAGGCAAAAGCGGACAGCGUUGCAUCGUCUAUCCGUACAACUUCUACGCGCGCUUCGACAACGACCAAGUCUUCCGUGAGGACUGUUAAGAGCCGCGCAUCUUCAAAGUCGAAGAAUGUGUUGUCCUCUUCCUCUCCGUUCCACACAGACCGAUCCCCACCAACAGCGCUCCGCCGGAGGAAAGUGGAACGAGGACCGACCACGAUCACGUUGAUGCACGAGGUCGGGAAACGAGCGCCAGCAAAAGAAAAUUAUCCCGUCUUGACUGAAGACCUUGCUCGACCAGAACUAUACGAGGACAAUUGGCUCACCUAUCAGGAGAUUGCCAUCACCCAGCUUGUCAACUCGAUGUUCGACUCGGCCAUCAAAGACCCCAAUGGAGAGCAGAGCACGGAACAGCUCAGGAAAAGACUGCUCGACAUAUAUCACGGCCCUUCUAUGGCGUCCUUGCAUAAGCGAUUACAGUCCUCGCUGCAGUAUGGCGCUUUAAGCAUUCCAAAGGACCUCCUGGCACAUACUCUACGCCUCAAGGAUGAUGUCGGCCAGCGAAAGAAAUUCCUCAACUUGUGGGUGAAGACAUACGACCUCAAUACGCUACGAGCUGCCGCUGAGGUCAUCGUUGGACGUCAGCUCAGUGUUCCGUCGAGAUUGUCAAGCGGGUCUACCAAUUCGGAUGAUGGCUCUCGGGUGAUGCGAGCUGAGCGAAGGGCCAUCGAAAAUUUUCUCGACACUUUCCUGAUCCGCAACGAAGACGCUAUCCGUGUCAAGAGUGGCAUGGGCAGCAUCGCGAGUAUCGCUCGGGGUGACCCUGGCGAUGAAUUUGGCUCGCAGGGCUGGUCCUGGAGACGCACAGCACUUCGCAGCUUAAUGCUAGUAUUACUCCUCGACAAGGCCAAGAGUGCCGAUGCGCUCUCCGGUUGUCUCUUCCAGUCGGCUUCGCUCUAUAAGGCCUCCACCGAUGUCUUGCAUGCGUUGUCUACCAUGCUUCUUCCAUCUCAUGGCGACAUCACUCGCCCAUUGGGGCAUCUGAACUAUAAAACCGAGCACGUCCAGUACCCUUUGCAGGAGUACACAUAUCACAUCGACAACAUCGCGAUCGACCUCCGCGAUGGUGUGGCUCUGACCCGCUUGGUCGAGCUUCUGCUUUACCCACGAACUACGCUCACGGCACAGCGAGAGGACACCAUCACGAUCACCAUGCCGACUGGUGACGUCUUUACUAGCGCUGUGGAUCUCACGUCAAAGGAAAGCUGGGUGCUUUCCCAGCACCUCAAAUAUCCCUCCAUCAGCCGCGCACAAAGACUCUACAACGUACAGGUCGCCCUCGCGGCUCUCGACGGAGUACGUGGUCUUCCAAUCCAAGUCGUCGGUGGCGUGACCCCGGAAGAUAUAGUGGACGGCCACCGUGAGAAAACUUUGUCGCUUUUGUGGUCACUCAUAGGCAAGUACGGUUUGGGAACUCUGGUGGAUUGGGCACAGCUCACCAAGGAGAUCGAGAGGUUUAGAGAUGCGUGGUACAACCGGCGGGACAAUUACGAACAACACGAUCUGGACUCUGAAGAUGACGAGCGAACUUCAGGAUUCACAGGUCUUGAACACCACAAGCGCCUCCUCCUGUCCUGGGCUCGCUGCGCCGCCCGUACGCACGGACUCCGCGUCACUAAUCUCACAACUUCCUUCUCGAAUCCCAAGAUUCUCGAGGCCAUUGUGGACACGUAUCUCCCUGCGACGCUUCUCGACACCACAGCUUCUCUUAGCCUAGCGGCGAAACUCAAAGCAACAGGCUGCUCCACGUCCUUCAUCGCGCUGUUCGCCUCGCCAAAGACCUCCAUCCCAUCAAAGGACUUCACUCUACUUACCCUCUCUUUCCUCGCCAGCCGCCUCCUCCCCCUCAACAUCACGCACCGCGCCGCUUCCACCAUCCAGCGAGCCUACCGCGCCCAUCUCGCGUGCCGCUCUCUCCGCCAGCGCAUUAUCAAGGCGCACAUUGCGCACGAGGCCGCCGUCGUUGCGCAAGCGCGUGAACGACUGCUUAACGCUGCGGUGCUGGUGCAGAGGAGGUGGAGAGCUGUAUUGGAACGGAGGAAGGAGGAGUUAGAAGCACAUACUAUGCUAUUUCAGAGUUUGGCGAGGGGGUGGGCGAUUCGAAGGUGGGCUAGGAGGGUCACGGGGGUAAGGUUGGUGGGAAGGAGAAGGUGA